AUGCAUGGAAUCAUGAAAUUUGACACACCAAAAGGCGAAGCCAUGAUACUAGCCACUCCGCCCAAAGAGUUGCAGUGCUAUACAGUCAUAAAACCAACAGAAAUAACCAAAGGGUGCAAAAGACCCAGGGGCAAUCCCAUAACGGGGAAGGAGAUAAUCAAUGAAAACCACCCUGAUCAGCCGAUCUGUGUUGGAUGCGACCUCCCAGAUCACACGAGAAGAGCACUGGUCGACUUGCUCAAGCACUACAAACAUGUGUUCGCAUGGACUCCUACAGACAUGGUGGGAGUAGAAAGGAGAGUCAUGGAACACAAACUGAUGAUCAGACCAAGAGCAAAAGAAGUUAAGCAGAAGAAGAGGGUCCAGGGGGAGACCGGAUACCACCAGAUUUUGAUGAGCAAGGAAGACGAAGAGAAGAUUGCCUUCUAUACGGAUCAUGGCACUUUUUGCUACACUAAGAUGCCUUUCGGAUUAAAGAACGUGGGGGCAACAUAUCAGCGUCUGGUUGAUUCGAUAUUCGCCAAGCAGAUUGGAAGGAACAUUGAGGUGUACGUGGAUGAUAUGGUAAUUAAAAGCCCGGAUGAGGAGAGGAUACUGCAAGACAUCGAGGAAACAUUCCAGACGCUAGAAGCGGUCAUGAUGAAGCUAAACCCAGAUAAAUGCACGUUUGGAGUGGAAGAGGGGCAAUUCAUGGGAUACUAUGUCACCAGACAAGGCGUGCAACCAAGCCCGACCAAGGUCGACGAGUUCCUCGAGACGCCAAGCCUAAACUCUCUUCGCGAUGCACAAGGUCUAAAUGGGAAGCUUACAACACUAAGCAGGUUCGUUUCGAAAUCUGCUAACAAGGCCAUGCCAUUGUUCCACACCUUAAAGGGGUGCAUGGAGAAAAGCAACUUCCAGUGGACAAACGAGGCAGAAAAGGCUCUCCAGAAAAUCAAGGAAGCGUUACACGAAUUGCCGACGUUGGCCACCCCUAUCCCUGGAGAAACGUUACAAAUGUAUCUUUCAACGUCAAGUGAAGCAAUAUCCUCGGUAUUGGCUGUGGAAAGGGAGGGGGAACAAAGGCCGGUGUACUUUGGUAGUAGAGCUCUGCAAGGACCGGAACUCAAUUACCCCAUGCUGGAGAAGUUGAUCUUGCUCAAGCCAGAGACGUCAGGGCUACUGGCCAAGUGGGCAAUUGAGUUGGGAGAACACGACAUAAACUACCCCCCAAGAACGAGUAUCAAGGGGCAGGCGCUAGCCGACUUCUUACUGGAAAUCCCAGAUGGAGGGAGCCCAGCAAAGGAGAAGGUGUGGGUAGUUGAAGAGGCCCCGAUGGAGCAGGGUUCAUGGACCCUGUAUACGGAUGGAGCAUCCAGUAGGGAAGGCUUGGGGUCGGGACUGAUUUUAACAAGCCCAGAAGGAGAGGAAGUAACCUAUGCCCUCCGUUUCGACUUCCACACAUCGAACAACGAAGCGGAGUACGAGGCGCUUCUUGCAGGGUUACAGUUAGCUAAACAUAUGGGUGCGAAAGUUGUAACAGCCUUAACUGACUCGAGGUUAGCAGCAAACCAGGUCAACGGUAGUUUCGAGGUAAGAGACCCAAGGAUGGGGAAAUAUGUAAAUAUGGUGAAAUAG